GUAGACAAUAGUGGAGACCCUGGUGUUGAUAUCAAACAAAUGAUUGCGAGUCAGGACGAGAGUAUAUACGAUGUGUUUAUGAAUCUCAUACCGGAUAACAUAAUCGCCGCCACAUUUAGCACUCAUUACACGGCACUCGUGCCCAUCGACUCCCAUAACCUGACCCUUGGGUACAAAAAACUGGCCAAAAAGGCGUUCAAACCAAAUAUGUUAGGGUUGUGUGUAUUCUCACUAAUACUGGGUUUCGCUGUCAAACAGUUGGACCCAAAGGCCGACACUAUUCGCCGGGUUUUAGUCGAGACUAACGAUAUA